AUGACCCCACGUGACUCAACCAUAUUCAGCCCACUGUGGCAAAGACACGGAGACAACACGGUCCGAGGAAGUAAUUUUUAUUCCUAUUUCAUUUUUGCUUCAAAUACAGGAUUCAAACGAUACAUUAAUUCUAUUGAAAAAGAAUUUCUUCACAAAUGAUGUGGCCUGUUUCAUGCAAUGUGAAUUAUGUACUUAAUUAAGUAGCCUAGAGGGGUUCUAAGUGUUGAACAAUGGUCCAAUAACUUUGAGAAAGACAAACUAGCCUAUUUAAAUUUCAGGAAUAACACAGGUAUAACUUGGAUAUACGCGUCGCAUAACACUUACGGUAGAGUGCGAUGCUUUCAAGGGCCGAGAAAGCACUACUUGUCAGAAUAUGGGACAGAAUGCUACCAAUAGCGGAGGAUAUUGGUGCUGAGGCUCUUUUAAGAAUGUUUACGACAUUUCCGAAGACCAAAACCUAUUUUGCACACCUGGACAUCACUCCCAGAUCCAAACAGAUGCUUUCUCACGGGAAGAGGAUUGUGCAUGCAUUGCAUGAGGGAGCGAAAAACAUCAGCACACUAGCUACAACGCUGGCUCCCCUCAGUAGGUUCCAUGCCUACCAGCUGAGAAUAGAUCCCUCUAAUUUCAAGCUUCUAUCUCACUGCAUCCUUGUAACGCUGGCCUGUCGAAUGAAAGAUGACUUCACCCCAGUUGCACAUGCUGCCAUGGACAAGUUUCUAUCGGCGUUUGCAGCUGUGCUGGCGGAAAAGUACAGAUGAGGAUGUCGCAUAUGGAAAUCAGAGUGUGAAAGUCCGGCUUUAGAAAGUAAAAGUCUUACCAUACCUUUGUUCUAAACAUUCACCAAAUCAGAUGCUUGUAAUUAGCACAACUCACCAGCCAGGUAUGUCAGUUAGGAGGUCCAAUUGGUGAAAUCACCUGUGUUAAGUGAAUGCAUGGUAGGACUUUUACUUUCUGGUUCCGGAUAUUUACAACUAUGUUGGAAACGCACUGGUUUACUGUUUUUUUGCUUCCAAUCUGAUGAAAGUAUAAACAAAAUGUGCUGCAAUUUUUUGUAAUAAAACA